UCAACCCUGUCAUCUCAUCAACUCCACAGCCCUUCAUCAACUCCGGCCUUCAUCAACUCGGCCCUUCAUCAACCCCCAACCCCUCAUCAGCCCCCACCCUUCAAUCUCCCCUCACCCACUCAUCAACCUCCAGCCUUCAUCAAUCUCCCCUCACCCCGCUCAUCAACCUCCAGCCCCCUCAUCAACUCCCCAGCCUUCCUCAACUCCCCAGCCCCUUCAUCAACUCCUGGCCUUCAUCACUCCCCAGCCCUUCAUCCUUCCCCAGCCUCAUCAACUCCCCAGCCCCUUCAUCAACUCCCCAGCCCCUCAUCACUCCCCACAGCCCCUUUCAACUCCCCAGCCCCUUCAUCAACCCCCCAGACCCCUCAUCAACCCCCAGCCCCUCAUCACUCCCAGCCCCUCAUCAACUCCCCAGCCCUUCAUCCACCCCAGCCCCUCAUCCCUCAAAACCUUCAUCAAUCUCCCUCACCCGCUCAUCAACCUCCACAGCCCCUUCAUCAACCACAGCCCCUCAUCAACUCCCACAGCCCCUUCAUCAACUCCCCAGCCUUCAUCCUCCCACAGCCCCCCUCAUCACUCCCAGCCCCCUCAUCAACUCCCCAGCCCCUUCAUCCCAACUCCCAGCCCCUUCAUCAACCCCACAGCCCCCCUCAUCCUUACAGCCCCUCAUCACUCCCACAGCCCCCCUCAUCACUCCCAGCCCUUCUCAACCCCACAGCCCCUCAUCAAUCCCCCACAGCCCUUCAUCAAUCUCCCCUCACCGCUCAUCAACCUCCACAGCCCUUCAUCAACUCCCACAGCCCCUCAUCAACUCCACAGCCUUCAUCAACUCCCCAGCCCUCAUCAACUCCCACAGCCCCUUCAUCAACUCCCCAGCCCCUUCAUCACUCCCCACAGCCCCUUCAUCACUCCACAGUCCCCUCAUCGCUCACAGCCUUCAUCAACCCACAGCCCCUCAUCAACUCCCACAGCCCCUUCAGCAACCCCCAGCCCCCCUCACACUCCCACAGCCCUUCAUCAACCCCCCAGCCCCUCAUCAACCCCACAGACCUUCAUGAAUCCCCACCUUCCCCUCCCACUCUUGUCCAAACUCCUAUUAAAAGCUACGACAUAGACUCUAUUAAAACUGCGACACAGACUCUAUUCAAACUGCGACACAGACUCCUAUUAAAACUGCGCACAGACUCUAUUAAACUGCACACAGACUCCUAUUAA